AUGUUUGCUACUGCAGCUUAUUGUUGUCUUCUUCCGGGCUUCUGCUCAUGGUGUGUUUUGUAUCUGAACGAACACGUGUAUUUAGUGACAUUAUAUGAGGUCCCAAUCGCUGUUUUGAAUGGAAAUUUGAGCCUGAACACCUUAACGCGUUUGCUAUAAAGGCGACUGAUGAGUUACUGUUGGCGAAAAUGAAUCUGCUAACCUAGCAGACAAUGCGGACUUAACGUUAAAUCAGUAGAUUUAGCUAUGGCGCUCAGGACGCAGGCUAUAAUAAAUGAGGAUGUUUGUGUUUUACUGCGUGUAAAGAGCACAACAUUUUCACAGAUGUAGCAGAAUACCAAAGGAUUGAACAUGUCUACCACCAUGAUCAAAACAAGACAAACGGAGAAGGAAAUCAAUGGAGUCAGGACGCAGGUCAUCUGUACCGAAUUCAGCAAUUAUAUAUUCAUAGUUCUCACACAAUAUGGGAAGAUUGGAACGUUGGUGUCCGUCACACCAGAAUCCAAAUCAAGUGAUGUCAGCAUGCCAAUGUUCACCACCAAAGUACUGAUGGGAAAAGAUGAGCCUUUAACACAUGUGUGUGCCAAAAACCUGGCAACCUGUGUGUCACAAGAGGCUGGCAACAGGCCUGUGCUGCUGGGACUGGCCCUAAAGGACUCCUCUAUAGAGGCUGUGAAACUCAUGAGAGACCUCAUCAAAAGCUGUCAAGUCUGGUAGCAGAUCAUGAGUCAGGCUGCCAAAGGAUGUCAAAGACUGUAAAAAAAGUUUAAAAAGACACAACUGUCUAAUGUUUGUCAUUUUCAUGUUGUCACUUCUUUAACUAUGUGUUCUUUUUAAGAAUAAAUUGUUGUCAAUUCGAGAUCAAUGUAAUAAAUGGCUUAUGCUGACUGAA